AUGGCCACCUACGUUGGACUACAACAAGGAAUGGAGACGCCAAACCCACAACUGGCAAAACUCAACAUGAUCCAAUACAAAGGAGGCACAAUGAUGUACGGCAUUGUGGCUACGUUAUUUGGCAGAAUCGCCACGAUUCUAAACGGGUUCAACCACAAGAAUCCCCCACCAACCAACCUAUCGGACUUGGCAGGCGUAGCAUUCCAAGCCUUCACACAAGAAAUCAAGGACGGUGUGGCUGAGCACCUAGGACGGGAGCAGGAGGACCACUACUCAUGA